AUGCAGCUAGGAUGCUGCGAACAACAAUACAAACCUGAACGAAUCGUUGAGUUGCUUGUCACUAAGUUAACCCCCAAUGGUAUUAUGAUUGUGAAUAUAUCGCUGCUCCAAAAGGAGCUUCACAGUGCUGAGCGACGUAUAAGUGAACUUAAAGAAACGUCAGCAAGCCGGGAAAAGGAGAUUAAACAGGCCAUAGAGCAUGCAAGCUGUGAGCAACGCCGCUUGAUCGAGGCACGUAAUCAACUGCAGAACGGACUAGAUCAAGUCAGUGCGAAUGCAUCUGAACUGCGCACCACUUUGUGCGGAGCGGAAGAGAAAAUCGCUUGUCUAGAAGCCCGAUUGCAGGCGAGUGAGCAGGCUCGAAAGGAGUUGGAUCACAAGCUUGCUGCGAUUCACACCUCACUCCGUCGGCUGAUUGGAUACCGGCAGGACCAACAUCCCGUCAGUAGACAACGACGAUUGGAUGCUCAAUCUCCGGAAAAGUCUGGUUAUGCUCCUAAAAAUCCCGCUAUCACUCAGCAACAGUGUAAAAAGCCAGGUAAAUUUGGUUUGCUAGUCUCUGGAUACUUGUUAUCCAAUCCUUGCAGUACAAAUUGUGAAUCCUUGGUUCCCAGAAGUCGUGAUUAA